AUGAAAAUGGUUGUUAAAACUUCGGAUAUAACUUCCAACAAAUAUGUAUUUACUAGAAAAGCCGGACGAAGUAUAAUUGAACGAAAGCCUAUAUUUUCACCUGAUGGAGAAUCAAUUGUUAUAGUUGUUGAAAAUUUGGUUCGCGUAUACAACAUUCAAACGGGAGAUUGCACUCGUAUUCUCGAAACUGAUGUCUCUAUAAAUGAGCUUAUUGCAAUACAAUUUCCUGACGAUGAAGACUACAAUUUAUACAGCUGUUCGGAUAAUGGAUAUGUCAUUGCAUGGACUUGGGAACAAGGAGCUGUGUUGCGGGAAACUAAACUUCAAAUUCCAGAAAACUUGCAAGUUCUAACAUUCAAUUUAGUUGACAGUAAUGAAUGUUUUAUCAUUGCCUUAGACCCAAAUAGUAAUCACCUGCAUCUUGGAACAUAUUCUGUUAAAAAUGGAGGCUUAUUAUAUGAAUACAAUGAUUUUAAGCUUCAGUACUUCAACAUUAUUGGUGUCUCUCUAGGCUGGUGUAAUGGUGAUAGAUUUGCAGCUAUAAUAAAUGGAACUAGGACACUUUAUGUACAAAAUUUAUACAAACCACAUUUAAAAAUGGAGCUUGUAAACCAUAACAAAUUCCGCAUCCUAGCAGUAGCAGCUCAUCACAAAGAGAGCUCCAUAGCUAUAACUGAUACAAUUGGCAGAGUAACUGUUAUAAAAGGAAAUUUAUAUAAUUACAAAAGCAUUGCUAGAGAGGUUUUGCACUGGCAUUUCUUGCCUCCUAUGGCUUUAUGCUUUUCUGUUCAAGGAAGCUACCUUAUUUCUGGUGGGAUGGAGAAAGUAUUGGUGAAGUGGACUUUAGGACAUUUAGCAAAUAGACCUAAUGAGAAAGCCUUUAUUCCUCGACUGCCGGGGAUGAUCAGAUUUAUAACAGUGAACAGUUCUCAUAUAGCUAUCACUCUGUCUAACAAUUCUGUAAUAAUAGCGAGUGCACAAAUGCGCGUAAUUUCAACAAUACUGGAGUGUGGUGGGCUGUCUUCUAUGACAAGAGCACUCGGCACCUCAUUAGUAUACCACAGACCAUUGUCUGCAUUACUAAUGCCUGGAAGAACAGGUCAUUUGCAAUUAUAUUCAACCACAACUGAUAAAGUGCUGUAUAAUAUUGAUAUAACAGACAUGAACAGUAUACCAUCUGAAAGGCAAAAUCUAUUUCCUUUAGAGACUGAAGUGUCUUGUGCUGCUAUCAGCGCUGACGGUUCUUGGCUUGUCACAUCUGAGUAUAGAAACGACGGUAUCAACUAUCCAGAAGAAAAACUUAAGUUUUGGGCAGCCCAAUCUAAAAUGGCAUCCCCUUUUAAAUUGAAUACUUGUGUUAACUUAUCUCAUGGUGGAUGCAAUGUUGUUGCUAUAGCCCUAAACAAUAAGGGUGAAUUCUGUGUAUCAUCAGGAACAGAUCAAAAAUUCAGAAUAUGGAAACGCGAUAGCACCUCACAGCAACACAGAAAGAAAGUUUCAUGGAACUGCCUCACAGCUUGUUACUACUCUUCAGGAAUAGCAAAUUUCCUAUCAAAUCCAGUUCUAAAUCAAUUUAAGAGCAGUGAAGCCUUGGAGCCUGGUAAAGUCGAGGAUUUGCCAUAUAUGAAAGAGAUUAAAAAGAAAGAUGACGUCAUAAAUAAAAUUUUUAAUAUGCAUAAAGUUUGUGAUGUAGAGGAUCAAAAGGAUUAUGAUAUGGGUGGUGUGGCAAUUUCCCAAGAUGGUUCCUUAAUAGCUGCUUGGUUUGGAUCAAAACUUACACUAUGGGACACUCAUCUGUGUAACUUGCGAACUACCCUCUCUCACCCGGCUUUACGUCCAAAGGGUAUUCAUGUACAAUUUGGUAAUAAUGAUGCAGCACAUUAUCUGGUUUGUACAACAAAAAAAUGUGUGGUAGUAUGGAGCCUUCUAUCAUUAACUGUGAAGUGGAUGGUCCAAAUCGAAACAACUUGUCUUGUAUCUGACCCCCUGUCAAACAAAAUGGCAAUGGUUACAACAGACAAUGAUGUGUAUGUAUUUAGUCCGCACAGUUCAACUCCGAUACUAAUUCAGAGACGAUUGUUGAGUCCCGACAGCGGCGUGUUCAAGCAAUGCGCUUUCGGCUCGUGCGCGGGCGACGACGUACGACUUUACGUUAUGAGGAAUAAUUCUGAAAUCUACUGUCUUGAACCAGAAAAAUCUGAAGAUGAACGUCUAGAAAUGAUAACUCAACGGAAUCUACCCACAUCGAAAUUUAGUGCUCUCAUAGCAGAACAACGACUGUACGACGUGCGAUCUAGUACUGCUGUUGACGUACACGCCCUGAAUAAGGAUGCUCUUGGCAAUAAUGCCAUUGCCCAGUUCAUGUCGGCUGCUCCACACAUGCUACCACCAGUGAGCCUUUUAUGUCCAUUAUUCUUGCAACAUAUAUCGGGUUACGAAGAAACUGAAGAACCUCAGGAAGAAGAAAGUAUUAUGGACGUUGACCCACAGAGUAGUGACGAUGAAAGUUCUGAAGUUAAAACCACCCACGCUCAAAAAGCUGUUCAGCUUUGGACACCAAAUUAUGAAGAUAUCAAAGAAAAAAGGUUAAAGAAAAUCUUAAAAGAACCCCUAUUAGAUUUACAUAUUACGUCUGCUGUGUUUGGUGUA